UUUUAGGCUGGGGGGUUUGGCUUUUUGUGACAAUGUGUGACAGAAGGGAGGGGAAGGUAAAAAUCGUCAAAAAAAGCGUAAUGUCAUUUAUGGAUGACCCCAAACUUAAAAUACUAAGAUCUACAGAAUCAAGAUCUAUUUAAUUGAAUAGAUUGGGCUAGCUAUAAGUUAUAUAAGCACCAGUGCUAUUAAAUUUUGCCAAGACAAAAUCCAGACCUAAGUGGAAUUUUUUUUUAGACAAGCUGACAAGUAGGUCUAAUUUAGAGAUGUCAUCUUCACUGGUUUAAGGAAAAAAUUCUUGAUGCAGAAAUGAGCACCACAGAUUCUUCCCCACCUUUGGAUAAUGAAAUAGAAUUAGAUGCAGGUGAUGAUUUUGAAGAAGUGGCUAUUCGUAAAGAUGGAGAGAGCAAACGGAAUAGCAGAUAUAAAAAUAAAGAAAGAACGCCAACUACUGUUGUUAGUGAAGUAUUUGCUUUUUUGAAAAAUCCAUCUAUGUGCAUAGAUAACUUAGAUGAGUAUGAUAUAGAUGGUUUUAAAGAUGUAGGAAAUCAUAUUUAUUCUAAGGGUAUUGUUAGUGUUGAGGAGGAUCUUAAAGAAAAUGACGGAUAUUUAGCCGGGUUCCGCUCUAAAGAUUCUGGUUUUGCUUCAUUGGAGCGUCAUGUACAUGGUGAUUUUGACUAUGCUAAUGAUGCAGACAUUGUCUCUAAAUCGGCAACAGGGCAUGGCAAGAGUGCAGAAGACUGUUGGACUGACGUCAGUGCCAGUGAACAGAGUAUUGCAGGCCGUGGGAGCUGUAGUCAAGAUAGAGAUGCUGAAUAUGAUGAUGUUGAUGUAACUGUGCUUAAAUUAGAUGAACAAGAACUUAAUUUUCAAACACUGAUUGAGAAUGAUCAAUUAGAAUCCCUGGAUGAAAUCGCAGCAGUUAAUAAUUCAACACUUGAUUUAAAAACAAAACGCCCCAAUGGGUUAAUUAAUAGUGUAAUUAAGUUAGAAACAGCUAGCAAUAAAGAAAACACUUUAACCACAGGUUCACAGUCAACUGAUAAUGUAUGUGGUGACAACGAGAAAACACAAAUCUCUACACAAAAAGAUGCCUCAAAUCAGGCAGUAAUAACUGUAGAUUUCGCUAAAGUAAAAACUGGUCGUAAAGUUGGAAUAGACUCAUCUGAUUCAGAAGACCAAAAUAAAAGUUCACUGAUGAUGGAUAGCUAUUUCGCUUAUGGUGACACUGGUGAUGUAAAUACGAGAAUCACAUCAGCAUCUUCAGAUGAUGAAGAAGAUUAUAGUAACAUUGACACUAAAGAUCUCAGCGUGUUUACAGCAAACGACCAGGAUUACGACACAAUAGAUAUUAAUAAUUGUCAAGGCAUGGGUGAUGGAAACGUACCAUCUGGCAUGUCUAAACUAGCAGAUGUUAACACAGUUUUAUCUGGCAGUACAAAGCCUGAAGCUGUUGGAGAAAAUUCUGGAGAAGGUUCUGAUUUUAAAGGAUGUGUAAAAAGUGAACAUGUAACAAAAAAUGUUACGAGGCGACCAAAGUUAGAGAAGAACCCAUCAGCAGAAAUAGGCAGUGAUGAUUCCUCAGAUGAAGACAUAGGAAUCUAUGCUGAGAGUUUUAGACGAUCUAACUGGAUCAGGAUAAGCCAGGAGGGGAAGCUGGAGUUCCAGAUGCCCGUAGGCUCAUCUCAGUCCAGUUCAUUACCCUCCACUGCCUCCGUGUCCACCCCUGGACUCAGUACCUCAGAGGGAGGGGACUAUGAGGAUGUGCUCAGCCCCAGGGUGGACGAUGUGUUUGUGGAUCCCAUGGAGCAAGCCCUGGCUAAAAAUAAACUUUUCCACAAGCGCUCGGACUCUGUGACUACCACAGCCUCAGAGAGUGAAUUCAAGCGCCGUUACAUGUCGCGCCGCAAGUGCCUGAUCCAGCGAGCUGACAGCCAACAGGAGUACCACCGUCUUUCUGCCAGGGUUUAUGAUGAAGACAAGCAGGUGACUGUAGAAAGAACUUCUGGCAGUGACGACCUUGGCCUACAUCUGCUGAACAGCCACCCUGCAUUUAUUACCUCUGUGGAUCAAGGCAGCCCAGCUGAGAAGGCAGGCAUCACUGAAGGCCAGAUUCUUGUGUCGGUCAACGAGCAGGACGUGCUGACAUGGGACCAUGCGGACAUCGUCAAGUUGAUACAAACAUGUGGCAACCAGAUCAAGCUGGGCGUGGCCAACAGUGACUUCCAACCUGUGAGGGACCUACAGGCGUCUGUCAUGUCAGGGUUUAUGUUCAAGCUGGGGAACUCUUCCUUCAUGAAGAUAUGGAAGAAAAGGUUUUUCAUACUCAGGCAGGACAAUUGCUUGUACUACUACAAGAAUGACCAGGAAAAUGACCCACUCGGAGCGCUGCCAUUGUAUGGCUACACAAUAUCUCGUCACACGGACACAAGCAAAGACUUUUGUUUCAAGGCAGAGAAGUACGGGGCCAGGACGUAUUACUUCAUGACUGACAACAGGGACCAGUUGACUGCGUGGGUUGGUGCUCUCACUGAAGCUGCUGUCCGCUCCAAGAAAAGGAAGGAAUCCUUUCUCAGUGUCAGCAGCCACAAUGUCAGCUUGCCUGCGCUGGACAUCAGGAAGUCUGAGUGCACUGGUUUCCUGAACAAGCUGAGCCCCAAUCACAGCCAUUGGCGCAGGCGCUACUGCGUGCUGAAAGACGCUUGUGUCUACUACUACAAGGAUGUCAACUCCCAGAAUGCACUUGGUGUAGCCCAUCUCCAUGGUUACAAGGUGGAUGCAGAAAGUCUUCCACGUAGAAAGUUCAGCUUCAGUCUACUUCCCCCUGAGAAGAAAAUGAGGGUCUUCUGUUUCAGUGCAGAUAAUGAAACAGAUAAAAAGAGGUGGGUUGAAUCCUUGAUACAUUCCAUACAGCGCUGGGUGAGAAUGGACAAAGAAAUUGAAUGCUGAAGUUCAUGUGGUGGCUAAAGGUCUUGUGUACGCCACAUUUUUCAAGUUGGUUUUGUGUUUGGGUUAGGAUGGAUGUAGUUAAAGUCCCCCGCUGCAGCUCUUGAGUUUGUCACGUUAACUUACAUCAAAUUGGUUAAGCGUUAUAAAUUUGUAAAUAAACAUUGUACACAUUUAAACAACUGAACGCACUGCAAUAGUUUGUCUCACCAAUGUAUCUAAUUUAUGACCUUAUAUCUUACAUUCUUAUGAAAUUAUUUAUUUAUAUCCAAGGUUGAAAUAAUUAUUUUUUAAAUUUCUUGAUUUGUUUCUUAGUUAUAAUAAAUAGUUUCAUUUUUUUAUACAUGUGCAACAGCAUUCAAAGAAACGGUUGUGAAACUUCCAACUAGACCCAGAACUUUUUUCUGCUAACAGAUUUGUGAACAGGUUGUGAUAGCUUGUUACCGAUUUGCCACUUAUUGCAUAUUGUUUCGUUUGCUACAUUCCCUUUUUUAAGAAUUUUACCAUGGCUGUUAAAAUUUGAUUCUUUCCAUGACAUUCCCAGUGUGUUUCAUAUUUUUAAAGCCCUGUACCUCCCACAGCAGUGGGGCAAUGCUGUUGCUUAAUUUUUUAGCUGCCCUUCAUAUUUUCUUAAAAACUUUGUUAAAUUGUACUUAACUAAAAACAUGUGAAAUCUCACUUUUUAAAAAUGCCCUUUGGUUAAACUUGUUGUUAGUUCAAUUUCUCAUACAGAUAUGUUCAAACUGCCGUUGGUGAUACUCUAGGUUACUUUAGACAAACCUGUGCCAUACAAAACAACAAUGUACAAUCCUUGCUUUAUCUUUUCCUUGAUAGAAAUAGAUCUUUUUGUUUUGUAAUAAAAUGGUCGUUAAUCUUUUAUACUUAUGCUUGUGUUACUCAGGAGAUAAUGAUUUGUGUUGAUUUAGGAUUUGUUUGUCUCAGGUGCCAUUUUGAAUUAUUUUCCUCUCUCCCCAUCUGGUGAAUCUGUAAUAACAAACCCUGUCUUCCAGAUUUCUGGAACUUCUUUUUCCCAAUGAAUUUUUUUUACUUCUUCUUUGUAAUGCAUGACUAAUUUGUUCUGUUGCUUUAAAUAAAAAUGAUUUUUGUUUACAUGUUAGAAAAACUGAAGUUAUUGUUUUUUUUUAAAUUUUCUGACACUUCAACUUGUUGUUUUUUACCCCUCAGCUGUUUUCUUGUAUAGAUCAUAAAAUGUGUGAAUCUCGACAUGUGGAAUAGCUCUUCAUAGCUUACAUUUUAUUAUUUGAAAGUGUUUUAUUUAAAAUCAACUUCUGAAUUGAAAGAAAAUAUGUAAAACCAUUCAUAUAAGAUAAUAUGUAUAUUAUUUUUAACCAAGUCUCCUGCACUCUACACUAAAAUACUUAAAAAGCAUGGUGUAUUUUUUUGUUCAUUAGUUUUUAUUGCUUUUUAUUCCCUAAACCACAGCAGCUACAUGUAUUGUUAAUUCAGUAUUCAUGUUCAUUGUGAUCUUAAAAGAAGGAGUUUUUUUAACAGUGUUUUUAAUUUCUGGCUUGCAUUUCUGAUUAUUAAUUUCUGUGAUUGAUAUGAAAUCAAAAUUGUAAUUAAGCCCCCUCAAACAAUUUUUUGGAAGAACCUCAAACAAAACAGAAAAAUAUUUCAUUUGUAAAAUACUUAAUGAAAUAAUUAUACUGUCUCAUAUACUACUUAACCAUAUAUUUACAUACAAAUUGGAGAUAUUUUUAACAUGCUUAUAAUUUUUGUAAUUUCUUUUUCAACUGUGAUUUUGUUUUGGCCAAGUUCAGCCAGCCUUAUUAAAAAAUCUAAAUCAUAAAAGAAUAUUUUUUUAAUAUUCAACUGGUUUAUUUUGAAAAAGAUCUUAAAUUUUAAGUUAAUUAUGCGAUUUCCUUUUUUUAUUUUUGUUUUGCUAAACCAAAACUUGUUUGAAAUUGUAUAUGUUUUUUUUUUACUAAAUUGAAAUAACUACACUUUAAGAUUGCUGAAAGACACUGUAACUUACCAAAAAUCAACUAAUUGAACUGGUAAGUUCACUGUUUAAAAAGUGACAGCUCAUAACAAUGCUGUCAUCAUGCUGAAUUCUAAAAGAUUUUUGUGAUCAGUUAUUUUUAAACCGUGAUUAGUUUACACAUAGUGGAUUUUUAAGACUGUUGUCAUAAGCAUCGCAAAUUGUGUUAAGUUAAUGGAAAUUUGUUUUGUCUUAUUUAAAGACAGCUAAGGGAGAGAAUUACAUUAAAAAUAAUAAUUCUUAUUCGUACCACAUAAUUACAGUUUGCAACUUAAAGAAAAUAUGUAUGUAUAUUUUAAAUGCUUUUCCUGAUGUUUGCUAAAAUUUAACAACAUGCAGGGUCAAUUUUUAGUUUAAAAAAAACCAAUAAUAUUAUUUAAUCAAUUGUAAUUAAUUGAUUUGAUUCAUUAUUGUCUGAUCUAGUAAAAUAAUAACAAGAAGUUCAUGAAGCUGUAAUUAAUGUUCAUUUUUUAUUUUUUUAUGUACUAAAAUUGAAGAAUUUCCAUACUAAAACUCAUUUUGUAGUGGUGAAAUUUGAUUAGCUUUAGUUUAUUAGUCAGAAAGUUGAGAAAGGAAACAUAAUAUUAUUCAUUAUUUGCUUUUUGUUAUUUUUAUUUUUAUCAAGAAUCAUGACUGCAGAUAGGAAUAGAAGUUUUAGCAUCUGUUUAUGGAAAAUAAAUAAAUCUCAUUGUUCAUGCUACAUUUACAACUUAACUUACACAAAGAAAAAUGUUACAGAUUACAUUAUUUUUUAAUAUAGUAUUUUAAAAUGUAAUUCUAAAAAGUAUAUUUUUGUACUUGAAAGUUUCUUAACCCUACUGCCUAUCUACUAAUCAAUACAUUUGUACAAAAUUACUGCAAUUCCUUUUGUAGAUCUAAACAAAAUGUUAAAAUUUUCUUGUAAAAACUAAUUUACUAUCUUUUUUACCAUGACUCUCACCAUCCUACAAAACUUACUAUCUAUAGAAGUAUGUCUCUAUUCAAGUUAUAUAAUUAUUUUACAUAUAUUUUAUAACAAUAAAUUACUAACUAUUAAGUUGUGAAUUGUGAAUAAAAAUGCUUCAAGGAACCUGUACAUUACCAUAAGAACACAUUUCUAACAAUUUAUUUAUGAAUGUUGUGAAUAAAAAUUGAAAACUUCAGAGAAACCAAAAUUGCCCUUAAAAUCUUAUCAGAACAGGUAAUAUUUUUUAUUUUAACUAAAUGCAGAAGUUCAUCAUGUAUUUAAAGAGCAUGAUAUCUUAAUAUCCUGAUUUUGUUUACUUUGCCAAAGAGUUUUUUCCCCUUUUGUUUUUUCCUCUAGUCAUGUCAUAUGGGAACUUUCCCCUUUAAUUUGGAUGCUUCUGCUUUAAUUGAUCCAAAUAAAACCAAUGUAUGUGAGCUGCACUAACAUCAUUGAAAGAACAGAAACAUGUUGAUCUAACUAAGCUUUGAUCACACUUAUACCAGAAUUUAGCAACUCAGUAUUCCAUAAUGAAGAAUUUUAUGUACUAAAAACUAAUAUAAAUUGUGGAAUAAAAAAAAUGAAAAUUAUACUUUUUAUUAGACUGACAAUGUAACUGUUUUUCUAUCAGACCUGAUUACAUGUUUGGAAUUGUUGGCUUUUGGUCCGUAGACCAAAUCUUUUUAUUUGCUAUAAUGGUCUAAGCAUUGUUACAUUUAAAAAAAAUACAGUUUGCAAUUGAUGGUGUUCAUUGAUACAUAAGGAAAAUACUUUUAUUGAAAUGUACAUUAAUGUCCAACUUUUUUUUAAUACUUUAAACUUAAACAUGAUAAUAUUAACUACUUUUAUAGCAAAAAUAUUAUAUUCGCGUUGUAAAAUUAUCACUAGUUGGAAAAAUGUGUAGGCUUGUUUCUUUUCUUUAUUUUUGGUAUUUUAUUCAAGCACAUUUUUAAAGAUAAAUUUAAAGAAGCAGUUUUUUUGAAUAUUUUUUUUAUAUUUCCUGGAAAGAUGUGAAUUGGUUCAGUGAGUUUCACUUGAUGCCUGAUGCAUCCUCUUGCGUGUUUCUGUUUUUAUACACUUUCCCCCCUCAUUGAAACAAUACUUUACAAACAGUGUGUGUUUAAAGAAUUCUUGAGGAUUGCUUUUAACCAAAUUUCUUUUUUUUCCCAUUGAAAUUUUAGUUGCCCUUGUCUGUCAAAAAAACUGGACACUUUAAAUUUUUAAUGUCUCAGAGUGCUAGUUGUUUCUCUUUAACAAGGUACUAAACAGUUGGUGCUCUCCCUUGAAUAAUGUAAAUAACUGUGAAAUAUGUACUUUUUUCCCUUUGUUUCCUAAGCACAUUAAUUUGUUUUAAAUGAAAAGUGUAAAUAACAAUCUGCACAUGUAAAUUAUAAACCUAAAAAAAAAUAUUACCGAUUUUAAAUUUUAUACUGCAAGUUCUGUUGGCUUUGAAAUCAUGAGUUUUGUUCUUGUCCGUAAGACCUCCCAUAGUCCACCCAGCUCUGGACAUGUUUUAUAGACAGUGAAGGAGGUUGGGCAUAAUACUGACCACACAAUCCCCCCUAUGUUUAGUUUAAAGAAACAAAUAAACCCUGCCUAAUAUGCCCAUCAUAUUUUCCGAAGGGAGAUCUUAUGAUGUGUUACUAACUCUUUUUUAAAUAAUGUAGAGAAACAAUGUGGUGGUUGCAGAAACCAUUGCUGCUUAAAAAAAUUAUCUCUUUAAGGUUCAAAUAUGAGAUUUACUUUACAGAACAUCACAUUAAAAAGUUGUUUUACGUAUUGAAAUUACAAAGUAUUGCUCAAUGCCCCAAGUAAUUAGUACCUUUGUAUAUUUUGUACAUUAUUUACCAUGUGACAUGACCGUGGCCUGCUUUUAAAUGUCUGCACUAGCUUACAAAAUUACAAAUUUUUUCAUUGUCGGAGCCCAUCACAGAAAAGUGAUGUAUACAAAGUCAAAGUGAUUUUGUUUUUAAAAUAUUAAUAAUCAGUUCCAAAAAUCUAAAUUUUGGCUUUCUUCUGCAAAUGUAAUUUAUACAGUUUUCAGUUACGAUAUUGACUUAUUAUUAUUUUUCACUUUUUUUUUUGUGAGUAAAAGUUUUUAACCAA